GUGACCCGGGCAGCCGCCAGCCGACCGCUCACACGGCGCGGAAAGUUUGCUGCGACCGAAGAUGGCGACGGCGGCGCGGUGGGGGGCGUCUGGUGCGAAGCUCUGCAGGCGGAUGACCACCAGCGGCCAGGCUCACGGACACGAGGGCUCAGCUCGUAAAUGGAAGAUCCUGUCUUUCACGCUGGCCAUCCCCGGAGUUGCUGUCUGCAUGCUGAAUGCUUACCUGAAGCAGCAACAUGAGGAACAGCCUGAAUUUGUGCCUUACACCCAUCUCCGUAUCCGUACUAAGCAAUUUCCUUGGGGUGAUGGGAAUCACAGCCUCUUCCACAAUCCACACACCAACCCACUGCCCACUGGCUAUGAGGGUGGCAAACAUUAAAUGCCUAACAUGCAGCAACGUCUCCUGCCAACCCCACACAGCGUGCCAAAGUGAACUAUCAUGAUAAUCAACUCAAAUGUACAACUGAAGAUAAUCAUGUGUAACCCUGAAAAUAUACAAUAAAAGCUUUACAUGA